AAAUACGCUUCUCUCGCAUCGAAUCUCUCGACUCUGCUUUGCUUCUAAUCCAAAGUCCAAACUCUCUCUCGCUGAGCUUCCUUUCGCUCUCUCCUCCCUCUCGGAACAACCAAAUCUUAGAUGGAUUUCUCAUCCCAUUAAUGAUGGACCACAACAACUUGACUAUAAAGACAUAUAUGGCCAUCAUGGCCGAGAGGGAUGCUGCCAUCCGAGAGCGGAACAUGGCUCUAGAGGAGAGGAAGAGGGCUUUUGCUGAGAGAGACAUGGCAAUGCUGCAGAGGGAUGCUGCAAUUGCAGAGCGCAAUGCAGCAAUACAGGAACGCGAUGAGGCCAUUUCUGCCCUUCAUUUGCAAGAGAGCUCCAUGAACGACAACAAUUUUGUUCCCGAGUCACCAGGAAAUAGAAUAGUAGGUGAAGCAAAGCAUAUUCAUUACCAGCAGCAGAUGCAUCACAUGAUCGACAGUACUGCUUAUGAUCCAGCUGAAACUCUCACAAGUGACCCCUCGAGAGUUACUGAUCUUACUACUGAAAAUGCCAAGCCUAGGAGGGUAAGACAAACAAAAGAAAGCAAGCCAAUGUCAGCCAAGAGGCCAAGGGCUGGUAAAAGAACAGCAGAGAGUUUGAAUAGGCAGGUAAUUUCUACAUCUGACGAUUGCAGUAACGGGAAUGAUUUGGACAAUGAUGAGGAAAGGAAUAAGCAGCUUGAGACAUGGAAAGAGAAUUUGGGUUUGAACCAAAUUAAUUUUGACGAGUCUGCAAUGCCAGUUCCUGUUUGCUCCUGUACUGGAACACCCCAGCCAUGCUACAAAUGGGGAAGUGGUGGGUGGCAAUCAGCUUGUUGCACAACUUCCAUAUCCAUGUACCCACUACCACUAGUAUCAAACAAGCGCUAUUCCCGAGUUGGUGGCAGAAAGAUGAGUGGUGGUGCCUUCAGUAAAUUGCUGAAUCGCCUUGCUGCUGAGGGUUAUGACCUCUCUGUUCCUCUUGAUCUGAAGGACCACUGGGCUAAGCAUGGCACUAAUCGGUACAGCACAAUAAAAUAGCACAUGAACAACAGAUUAUGGCAUUGUGCUGGAAGAAUCCACAGACAUCUGGUGCAAAGAAACUAUACUGCUUAUAGAUGAUGAUGAUGAUAAGCUGCACAGAAUUUUUGAGAUUUUCUGUGCUCCAAAGGUAAGGUUGUCCUCUCAGAAUAGUUACAUUUGAUAUUCUCCUGGUAUUGUUGUAUUUUAUUUCGGGCAUACCGAAUACUGUAAAAAUAUUACCUUGAAAUACUGUAAAAAUAUUACCUUGAUAGUAUAUCUCGUAAUUAAAGAAAUGAACAUGGAGAUAUUCCUGAUAUGUUAUAAUUACAGAAUAUGAAUAUAGAGAUACUCUCUAUGAACUUCAAAAUUA